UUGUGCAAUUUUGCUGUAAGCUAACAAAAAUAUGCAGCAACAUUAAUAACUACAGCCAAGACAACAAAAGUCAACAGCAAUUACGAGUGCUCGUACCAGGCAUUACGACCAAAGGAAGAGCUGCACGAUUCGGGAUGUCUGGGGCCACGCACAUGGCGCUGCCGGCGCAUGCCAUGGGGCCCAUGCCCGGAGCGGUUCCCGCUGCGGGAAGUGCUGCCUCCGGCCAGAGCCUGCCGCUGGGCAAGCGCGGCCACAAGCGCUCCGUAUCGUUGGAGAAUAAUGCGCCGCUGGCGCUGCGCAGUACGCCGAGCUUGAGCAGCAUGGGCCAGCCGGCGCUGGGAUCACCACUGCUGCAGUUGCCUGCGCACGGAGCACUGCAUACGGGCACACUGAAGUCGCGCCAAGAGCAGCGGCGUCUCAGUCAGAAGUUUGGCAGCCACAGUAAUCUGGAUGACGAUGCAUUCAGUGGAGCACAGAUGCGCAGCAAGUUCCAGAACAUACGGCAAAUGUUCGAGCUGAGCCGCAGCUGCGUGGCCAGCGCCGGAGAGCUGGGAGAGCGAGCCGAGAGCAAGUCAGCCGAGGAGGCGCUGCAGUCACUGCCGGCAAUGCUUGGUUCACAAACGUCGAUUGUGCGCCGCACCACGCCCAUAGCUGCCGGAAGCCGCCUGGCCAUUAGCGAACAGCCGCAGCAGCAGCCGGGCGAGGCCAAAGAACAGCAAAUCGGUGGCGGCAACUUUCUGCGUCCGAUCGCCUUCAAGCCCAUUCCCUUUGAGCCGGACUAUCGCAUUGCUUCCCAGCAGCAUCAGCAGCAGCAGCAUCAACAGCAGCAUCAGCAGCAGGCGCAGCAGCAGCAGCCGCACUCGGCACAGCAGCCGGUGCCGGGCGAGCGUUACGGCUAUGGUUCGACGCCCUCCCUGGUGCCGCUCUCCACGGCGGCCACUCACAAAUUUGGCAGCACAACAGAUCUGCGUCACUUGGCGGCGCGCAGACGCGGUCACCGAGUUGUCCAGCGCAGCAGCAACGAGGAUGGCCUCGGCCUUGGACUGGGACUGGGGCUGGGUCUGGGCUUGGGUCUGGGCCUGGAGUGUCUCACUGGCCAUGAUAGGCCGGAUGGCGGCGGCAUCAGCAAGGGGAAUGCCGUGGCAGCUGGCAGCGAUCUGACGCCCUCGCCCUCGGACUCGGGCAUAUCGGAGCUGGAGGCGGCACUCAAGGAUCGGGACUCGGAGCUGUCGUACCUGCGACAGGCAAUGGAACAGAAUGAGAAAGUAAUUUUCAAAGUCCAAAAGGAUAAGGAAGUGUACUGGGAGCACGAGACGCAGCGCCUGAAGCUCUUCUAUGAGAGCCAGCAGCGCGAGUAUCAUCUCAAGUUCAAGAAAAUGGAGCAGCUCCUGGCCUUGCAGCAGUUCCAGCUCAAGCAGCACAAUCUGCGCCAAUCCGAGCAGCUGCAGAAGUUGCAGCAGCAGCUCGAUCUGACGCGUUGCAGCAACAAGAGCCUCAAGAACUCCGAGCAGCAGCUGCAGUGCUCCGCCCAGGAACUGAACCAGCAGCUGAACGAGGCUCAACAGACGAUGGCCGCUCUGCGUGUCCAGCUGGAGGACAGCGAGUGGAAGGUUUGCGAACGCAACGGCGAAAUAGCUUUACUCAAGACGCAGCUCAAGGAGGCGCAUCUUGAAAUCAACAUGAAGGAUCAUGCAAUUGUUAGCCUGAGACACAGUAACAACAUCAACCAUGUAAACAAAAACAACAACAACAACAACUAUAACAACAACAACAACUAUAACAACAACAACAACAACAACUGUAAGACAAUAACAUGCCAAAGUCAACCAAAGCAGCAGACGGAGGAAACCCAGCAACAGGAGCAACAGCUGCAGCAGCUAAACAAAAUAAUUGCGCUCAAGGAUCAAGUGAUUGGAGCGCUGACCAACGAGCUGGCCAAGCUGCGCAAGGAGCUAUCCGAUCUGGCCAUUGCGCACGAGUAUGGCGAGGAGCCGUGUGGCCGUUAUACGCGCCUCAAGCAGCAGCUGGACAACUUGAAUGAGAUCUGCCAGAAGACGCGUAAGUAUACGAGUCAGGCGGCGACGACAACAGCAAGACCACAGAUAACGGCACCACAGCAACUGGACGCCAUCAUGGAGCGACUGCAGCUGGAUCAGGGCCAGCCGGCGCAGCUAGCCCUAGAUACACUCAUCGAGGAGUCGACCACCUAUGCCGAAGACAUAGCCAAGCUGCGUCAAAAGCUCGACGAUUUUCGCAUCAAUCUGGAGCUGGAGAAGCGUCAAUGGUGCGCCGAAAAGGAUAAAGUCCUUGGCUAUCAAAAGCAGCUGCAGGCCCACUACAUACACAUGUACCAGAAGCUGCGCUGCCUGGACACUGCUGCCACCACAAACGCAGCUCCAGCUCCGGCGCAAGCGCCAGCGCCAGCGCCAGUUCCCACUGCAACGGAGGUAACCAACCAGGGCUGAACAGUUUCUCAAUUGCCCAGCUCAUGGUGCACUUGCUGAAUAUUGCUGAAUAAGUCAGUAUGCUUUGUCACAUUGAUGUCAAUUAGUUACUACAGCAAUAACUAAACAGAUGCUUCUGAUCCAUUAUCAUUAAAAAGCAGAACGUGACUGGACUCACUUAAGCAAUUGGAUGAGUGAUUGCUGUUUUCUGCUGUUUUGCCCGCUCCAGUAAGAGUCUUAACUCUUUGCAAUACGAUUUUGGCCUGCGUUUUGAUUAUUAAUAUACAUUUAUAUAAAUAUACCAUAUAUCUUGCCCGUACGAUGCAACAUUGUCUACGUUUAAUUAUCAAUUACUAUAUUUAUGCUAUGCCCAGUUACCAGUCCGAUCUUGAAAAGAUUUGCAUUUUUCUAAUUUUGUAAACUUAAUAGAAUACCGACUAUAUAUACCCAAGAUAUUCCAAUUAGAACAUUUUUUAAUAUAAUAAAUGACUAAUUAUUGGAAUCAAUAUUUCUUGAUAUCACAAAAUACUUUGAUGCAUGUUGAACACAUUAAUUUUAUACCGGGCAUCGCCGAGUUACUUCUUCUUCUUAAAUACAAAAUAUUUUUCAUCUAAAAUAAUUUUGAAGCAAUUCAAGUUUGCCUAGCAUAAAUAUAGUAAAUGCCCCAUAUCGGAUAUAUGAUUUUGAACAUUAAAUACAAUUAUUUUUGUUAUAUUUAUAAGAAAAAUACAAGCUAUACUACAUAUAUGUAUACGCAUAUAUCUUUUGUUUUUAAUUCUUUUCAUAACUUAUUAAAUAUAAAAAAAAAAAUGUCGCGAUGAAUAAGAAAAAACAAUUUUCGAUUCUGGAUUCGCAUGUUUAUGUUUAAUAUAUAUUCAUUUGUGUGUUAUAUGUAGUUCCAUUAUGUAAAUGAAAAAAAAAACAAACAAAUUAUAUUUAUUCAAUAUGAUAAUUACACGUAGUCAAGUAUAUGUGUGCAAGAGAAAUGGCUUAACUGGGCGCUAUAAAUAAUAAUAAUAAAAAAAAAAAUAUUAUUUAAAUAUAUAUAAUUUUGUGUUCCUUUUUUAACAUUUAGAUAUUUUAAUGCAGAGACCUUUAAAGCUCGUUGUAAGCAUAUGUUAAAAGGGGCAGAUAAGCGAAAUUAAAUACAAUAUGACAUUCUUCAAAACUCACGCACGCACAAACAUACAAACACACGCACACACACUCAUACAAGCUUAAGUAUGCAAUCACACUCUUACAUAACUAUGUGGCUUAGAUAUAGAUACGAUAUGCUAGACACACUCCUCCACGUAGGUAGCCGGAAAGAUG